AUGGAGUCGGACACGGAGAAGAAGGGGGCCAUGGUGCGGCUGCACGUGGUGGUGGUGUGCUCUGUCGUGGGCUUCCUCGGCCUCGUCCUCGUCAUCCUCGGCGUCGCCAGCGAGGCCGCCACCGCGCAGGCGCUGGUCCCCGAUGAGCUGGACAUCGACGGCUGCGUGUACCGGACAACGCCGGCGCUGGGCUGCGGCAUCGUGGCGGCACUGCUCGCACUCACGGCUCAGAUCGCCGUCACCACCACCAGCCUUCUUUGCGGGUGCUGCCGGACAUGGGAGCUCCCCACAACGGCAAGGCACAUCGUCGGCAUCGUCCUUUCCGUGGUCUCGUGGAUCAUUGUGAUUAUAGUGGUGGCACUGUUCUUCGCGGGCGCCGCCAUGAACACGGACCAAAAGAGGCAGCUCACCGCCGACAAAAAGUGCCCCGUCGACCCGGGUAGUGCAUUGUUCGCGGCGGCGACGGUCUUCUCUCUCGUAGCCACCGGCUUGCAGAUCGCCUCGUAUGUCCUGCUCCUGGCGACACCGAAAGGCUCCACGAAACCGCUGGCCACGCAGCAGCAGACGGAGGUGGCCAUGGGGCAGCCCGUGCAGCUGGAGCCGCGGCAAGAUGCUGAUGAGGUGGUCGCCGGUGGUGACCCGCCGCCGCCCUCAGCGCCUCCGUUGUCUCGAGCUACAGAACCUACGAGCAAAGUUUGA